CCUCUCCAUUUAAGCCGUUCCACAAAGGCCUUGACUCCUCUCAUCUCCUGUGCCUCACGCGUUGUUCAACAUCACAAGCACUAAUAUCCUUUGAACAAUCAUGGCCUAUCUAUACCACAACGAUCUUCUUGCUCCCUACCUUGCACUCCCCCAAGGCGACAAGGUCCAAGCUGAGUACGUUUGGAUUGAUGGCGAUGGCGGUCUUCGUUCAAAGACCACGACAGUGAGCAAGAAGGUGACUGACAUCGGCCAGCUCCGCAUCUGGGAUUUCGAUGGUUCAUCCACAAACCAAGCUCCAGGUACUGACUCAGAUGUCUACCUCCGUCCCGCCGCUAUUUUCAAGGAUCCUUUCCGGGGUGGUGACAACAUACUUGUUCUCGCCGAGACCUACAACAAUGACGGCACCCCCAACCGAACUAACUACCGCCACCACACUAAGAAGGUUAUGGAUCUCGCAAAGGACACUGUUCCCUGGUUCGGUCUUGAGCAAGAAUAUACCCUUAUCGAUGCAGAUGGCACGCCAUACGGCUGGCCGAAGGGUGGUUUCCCCGGACCCCAGGGCCCUUACUACUGUGGUGCAGGAACUGGCAAAGUUUUUGCUCGUGACCUCAUCGAGGCUCACUACCGUGCCUGCCUGUACUCCGGCGUGAACAUCAGUGGUAUCAAUGCUGAAGUCAUGCCCUCCCAAUGGGAGUUCCAAGUUGGCCCUUGCGAGGGUAUCUCCAUGGGUGAUCACCUCUGGAUGGCUCGUUACCUUCUCGUCCGCAUUGCUGAACAGUGGGGCGUCAAAGUCUCCUUCCACCCUAAGCCUCUUUCAGGGGACUGGAACGGUGCUGGUUGCCACACCAACUACAGCACCAAGGCCAUGCGUGAGCCUGGAGGUAUGAAGUACAUUGAUGAGGCCAUCGAGAAACUCUCAAAGAGACAUGCUGAGCACAUCGCUGUCUACGGCGAGGACAAUGAUCUCCGUCUCACUGGCCGUCAUGAGACUGGCCACAUUGGAGACUUCAGUUCUGGUGUUGCUAACCGUGGUGCAUCUAUCCGAGUGCCAAGGCACGUUGCUGCCCAGGGUUAUGGAUACCUAGAGGACCGCCGUCCUGCCUCCAACAUUGACCCAUACCGUGUGACUGGAAUCAUUGUAGAGACCACCAUUCUUGACAAGUAGAAGUUUUUUUUUCCCGUUGUACUUUACCCAUCCGUUUUUGUUGGGACGCAGCCGAAUAAAGGAGGCAUGCAUGACUCAGACUCACAGUAAUAAUUUGCUCUGCAGCGUUGUACAUCAAUGAUCAUCGAAUAACUUCGCUCCGCGGAGACAAACAGCUACUUGUUAGACUAAUAAUGAAUCAAAACUACUGGUCAACAACUGUUGCACAUGUCACACUAUGAAUAUUAUCUAAUUAAGUAUCACUGGUUCAGGGACCAGCAAUGAUCAGUUCUGCCA